CAGCAUUCUAGAACAGCUGGAUUUGGAUUCUCCCCUCUUUGAAGAGGUCUCAGGAAGUUUGGGGGGAGGGGCGAGCCGCGCUCCGGGUUCUACCCGAGGAGUCGGGCGCGGGAGGGUGAAAAGGGACAACGGCGGCGUCGGGUCUCAGCGCUAUUGCGCUCGCCCACGAGCUGGGUCCGACAGCAGGGCGCGGGCCGGCAUGGAGGGACUGGUCCUCUUCAACGCCUUGGCCACCCGGCUGCUGUUCGUGCUGCACUCGCUGGUUGGGGUCUGGAGAGUGACCGUGGUGAAGAAAGAGCCACUGUACUGGCUGCUCGCGCUGCUCAACCUCUUGGUCUUUCUGGAGACUGUGUUCACCCUCAAGUUCAAGCGCGGCAGAGACUUCAAAUGGUUUUCACCAGCUAUAUUGUUCUAUCUGAUUAGCAUUGUUCCAUCAUUGUGGCUUCUGGAGAUGCAUGGUGAGAACCAGUAUUGCAAUGUCCUGUCCGAAGUAAAGGCACAGAAUGCCAGCAGAAAAGAAGCCUUCCAUCCAAAGUUGAUGUCCAGUGGACAAACCAAUGAAACAGAUGAUCUCAUUGAGUCGGCCAAAAUUUUUGUAAAUAACUUGUCUACAGUAUGUGAGCAAGUUUGGACUUUGGGACUCCAUCAGACACUCUUGUUAAUACUAAUAAUUGGAAGAUGGCUUCUACCCAUUGGAGGUGGCAUCACUCGAGACCAGCUGGCUCAACUUCUUCUUAUAUUUGUGGGGACAGCUGCUGACAUACUGGAAUUCACAAGUGAGACCCUGGAAGAAGAACAGGUGAGGAAUAACCCCGGCCUGGUCAAAGCUAUUCUUAUUAUAUGGACUUGGAGCAUGGUGCAGUUUCCACUUGACCUGGCAGUGCAGAAUGUUGAAUGCCCCCUGACUGUGACAGUGAGGGGAUUCCCGAGCCAGUUCUUCUGCCAAUAUAGUGCUGAUCUGUGGAACAUCGGAAUCAGCAUCUUCAUCCAAGAUGGUCCCUUCCUUGUCGUGCGUGUCAUCCUGAUGGCCUACUACAAAGUGAUAAAUCAGAUGCUGGCGUUCUUUGCUGCCAAGAAUUUCCUGGUGGUGGUGCUGCAGCUGUACCACCUGGUGGCGCUGGCCACGAGGGCCCGUGCCUCCCUCUACACUCAGGCAGAUGACCCCAAAAGGGAGCACAGCUCACGGCUGUCCUCUGAAAGUGGGCUCUCCCCCCGGGACUGGCAGAGGGAGCCUCAGGAAGGCCUUGUGCUUCCCUUGAGGGCCACCCCUGUCACCUCUGAUGACUCCCAGCCCUCGCCGUAGAUACUAGAUACCCGUGCAGCUAGGACCUGGGACUUUCUGGAUCUUCCUACAGAUAGGAUCGCCUUCUUUCUUUUUCUUUUCCAAAUCUGGCAUAUCAUAAUUUUCAAAAGACUAACAUAAAAAAGGUGAUCUUAAACUAAAGCCAAAGAAUUUUCUCUUUUCAACUGAAGGGAAGGAACUUUGAUUAGUGGCUCUCACUACAACUUCUGUGUGAUGGUAUCAGAUGUUAUAGUUGUUCAACGACUAAGUGAUUUGUUUGUCUUGAACUGUUUGAAAAAGCUAUGGGCAGGGUUAUAGUGACAUGCCCUUGAAAGAUUUAGUGCAGACAAAGUGUCGCGGCUGUUACCUGAAAAUAGAGAAGCUUUGAACUCUGGCUUCAUUGUCAGACUAUCUCGUCUGAUCUUUUUUGCAAUGUCCCUCUGACAUCAAAAAAUGUACAUUCAGUGAUUGCAGAACAAACGAAGGGAAAAGUGCCUUUAAAAUUACCUCACUGUGGGCUGGCAGCCGUGAAAAUCUCUGCCCGGCUUCCGUAUCCUAGAGAGCCCUAUUCAUUGCUUCCCAGGAAAAUCGUUUUUCUGGGCUGAUGUGGUAUCUGUCAUGGUGCCUACGCUGCUACAGACAUUUUACUGCUUUUGGCUUGGGUACUGCAAAACUCAUAGCAAGCCAUUUCGGUUACAUAUCUGCUGGUAGCAAAGCAGGAAAUACUGGGAAAAUGCUAGCAAAGUCACAAUUUCCACUCCGAGCAUGAUUAGCAGUGUUCGCCAGUAUUUUCCGGAACCUCGCUUUACCAUUUUCUACAUUGCCAAGUCGAAUCCUGUGGGCUGAUGCAGGGAGGCUCUGAGGCAGUGAAUAAAGGUGUUUCAGGCCCUG